CUAAACUGAAAGUAUCAGAGCUGCGUUGAAAUUUUCGGCUUACUAAAUAAUGAAGCGCCUCGUGAAACAUCAUUUCCAUGAGUGCUGCCGCAGUUGAGUUAGUUCAUCCGGAAACCAUCGUAUAGGCAUGCGAUACCUCCAAUGUGGGAUCCCCGACAAAGUACAGAUGGCAGCACAUCGAUAACCACAGACACGUUGCCGUCGAACGCAAAUGCCAGUGCCUCAAAAGAGGGAAAAAGUGGCAAAGAGUCUCUCAACACUGGGGUAAUAGAUAAGAAGACGCCAGGAGAGAAAAUUGGUCCUAGAGAAAUUCCAUCUACUGGUAAUCAACAAAAAGCACAGACUCCACUACAGUCAGGAGAUAGAGAAAUCAGUACUCUUCAAAAGCAGAUUUUAAAGGUAAUUCAGAGCAAACCACAUCCGUGUACUCUUAGUGAUAUUUUGCACAGUAUUUCCAUCUCUGCCACUGAAAAAAGAACAAUCAAGUGUAUCAAUCUAUUGGAACAAGAGGAAAGGAUCAUACGAAUCCUGCAAAUGCCCCCUAUGUGGAGAAUUGCAGAAACAACUGAGGAAGGCAAGGAUGGUGAUGACGCAGCUGAAGAUAUACCACCAUUAGGGACACUGGUGCCAGACUAUGAAUCAGAUGAAUUUGAAAAGGGAGUGGAAGCAAAUCAGGAACAGUCCACCACCAGUCCUGCAACCAGUCAGAGUGAGCCUCUUCCUUCUACCACAAACCAAAGUGAAUCUCUCCAACCCAGGCAGUCUAAAUCUGAUCCUCUAUCAAGCCAAAAAGGAAGCACAUCGUUGGCAGGAGGUCCCCCUCCACCUCCCUCGGCUCAUUUUUACAACGCCUUGAUGUCACAGUGCUCUAGGAAACCAGCUCCAGUCGUCAUGGCAGUCAGGCCAACCGUCUCCCCUACGUCACACCCAAAUCUGCACUCCACAAGGUCUCGACCACCUCUUCCACUGAUGCCGUCUUUAUUCCCACGACCAAGUCGACCUCCAGUAGCAGCAUCACGAUUUUCCCCACCAUCGUUCUUGGAUGUUCAAACACCCUUGAACUCCAAUGUUGCUGUAAAGAUGUCAUCAAAUUCUUUUCUUGUCAACCCAGCUGAUACUAAACUAAACCAAGGGAAUCUUGAAGAGACCAACGCUUCGCAGGAAGAUGGAACCACAAGUUCUCAAAACGAGUCAUUCAAUGUCAGAUCAGUUCCCUGCACACAGCCUCAAGCGGCCCAUCCUUUGAGUGUUUCGUUUGCGUCUGGAUCAACUCCACAGAAAAAGCCACCAUCUACACAACGUGCUAUUGCUAAGUCUCUACAAGACUCUUCGAAUAUUUCACUAACUGAAGGAGUGGGUAGAAUUCCUCUACCCCCUUCCGCGGAACGCUUUCAUGAGCUGGUCAGCCGUGGACCUCAGGCAGUUCCAACGUCGACCAAGAGCCCAGUAGCUUGUACAUCUAAUCAAGCUUCAAUGUUAAGUGAUCUCGAAGCGGGGAUACUGGAAUUUAUGCAACGUGAAAGAAAGUCUUUUGAAACUCUCCAGUUGGCCAAGAAAUUUGGUCUGCACAGAAAGAAGGAGAUCAACCCAACUCUUUACAAACUGCAGUCGUUGGGCUUGAUUUACAAGAUGCACGAACACCCGCCAACGUGGAAGGUUCGUCAAGAAGUAAGUUCUUUGACAUUCGAAGGUUCUAAGCCAGUUGAACUCAGCUCCACUGCGCCUGCCCAGAAAAGAGCAUUUCCCACUGCCGAUGAGCAAGAACAAGUGCAAUUGGGAAUUAAGAAACACUUUCAGCAGGCGGAAACUUCUCCGACUCAUGCAGGGAGUGGGUUGAGUUUUUUUGGGCCCUCUCUUCAAGGAAAGUUCGCGCACAGCUCUAGGAGUAACCCAAUGGCACAACCUGCAUCUUCCCAUGGAUCGGAAAAAAAUCCUCCAGAAGUGCUCUCUAGUGUCGCUUAUUCCGCAAUCAACAAAAAUCCUGUUAGUGCUCUGAACGAGUACGUGCAAAAAAACAAAAUGGAGCUGACUUUCGAAUCACUCAGCCAAGGUCGCGCAUUUGUGGUUGCUGCCAAGAUAAACGGAAAGCUGUUCCCUUCUGCAGAAGCACGAAACAUAAAAGAUGCAAGACGCGAAGCCUCCGACGUUGCUUUGAGAACAUUAUUGGGCCGCAAUAUGAACACAGGUAUCGAGGAGGGAUCUUUGACUAUCACUGACCCUUCUGCAAGCGUUUUGAGCAAAGUUCGCACGCACUUUGAUCUGAUAGCCGCACUUUCACUUCAUACAUUCCUGCAAAUUGCAGCCUCCAUAUCCGUUAAUUUUGCUGGCAGAAAGGUUGUGGCAUGCAUCGUUAUGAAAAAUAGCCCAGAAGACUCUGGCCGAGUUGUUGCCGUGGGAACUGGUAACCGUUGCGUCACUGGAGAAAGGCUGAGUAUGGAAGGAAAAGUGGUGAACGAUUCCCAUGCUGAAAUUGUUGCUCGUAGGUCUCUGAUGCGAUUCUUUUACAGACAAUUAAACAGCUACUGCGAUGGAAAUGAGUCGAUUUUUGUCCCGAAAGAAGGGCCAGCCAAGCUUCAAGUUCGUGAAGGUAUAUCAUUUCACCUUUACAUCAGCACAGCUCCGUGUGGUGAUGGUGCCUUGUUUACUCCCCGAGAAGAACCCAACACUGACCUCUCUGAGCACUCCAAAGAGCAUAAUCCUACAUUUACAACCAAGCAACAGGGCAUUUUGCGCACAAAGAUCGAAGAUGGCGAGGGUACCAUUCCAAUUGAUCCAUCAGAUGGUAUUCAAACAUGGGACGGGCUUUUACGCGGUAAACGGUUACGCACCAUGUCGUGUAGUGACAAGAUUUGUCGCUGGAACGUUCUUGGACUUCAAGGUGGACUACUUAGUCACUUCAUCGAGCCAGUUUACCUUACGUCCCUAACACUUGGAUACUUGUACGACCAUGGUCAUUUAUCGCGCGCAGUUUGCUGCCGCCUUCAACACAACAGUGACCUCAACACGCAGCUGCCGGCUCCAUAUUACGUGAAUCACCCGUGGCUCGGUCGUGUUACAGCAUACGACCCGCCACGCGAAACUGAAAAGACUAAUAAUCUUAGUAUUAAUUGGUCAAUUGGAGACACGACGACUGAGAUCACUGAUGGUAGAACGGGAGCAUGCAUGUCGCGCACAAAUAACAGCCCCACUCCUUCGCGUAUAUGUAAGGCCGCACUUUAUGCAUCUUUCAAGGAGAUCGGUACUAAGAUCGGUCGUGAAGACCUAGUGAACGUUGAAACUUACAGUGAAGCAAAAAAGAUGGCGAUCGAAUUCCAAAAAGCGAAGCAGAUGAUGUACGCGUAUUUCAGAUCAUCGAAGUAUGGGUCAUGGGUUGGCAAACCCAUGGAGCAAGAGCUAUUUUAGUUUUUCUCCUAUCGUUUGCUCUGCUGCUAAAAUAAAUGAGCAACAGUGAUUUGGGUUCUACUUUACACAAGCGUUCCAAUUGACGUCAGGAGCAGGUAUAAGUGGGCGGCCCGUGAUAUUAAAGCAUUGAAAACGCUCCUCUUUAUAGAGACCUUCCUUGCCAAGAUUAACAAAAUUGAGUGGCUUCAUGUUGAACUAGACUUUCUAAAACUCAAGCGUUGUUUGAUACAGGUUAAUAAAUAUGAUAGCUUUGCAAAAUGUACAGUUUAGAAGAAACAAUCAUUAAAGCUCAUGUUAUAGAGUU